UGGAUAUUGUACUCAGCCGGUCAGAAGAAAUACAAGGUCAUUUCGAUUUUCAGUUUUGACUAAUAGAUAGUACAAUACCACGAUGAAUCCAAUUACGAAUGCUAAAAAUCAGAAUUUUAUGAAUGAAAAAGAACUAUCGCUUGGUCACACAGGAACAGUUAGCAGUUGGCACAGACAAUACAAAGAUUCUGCUUGGAUCUAUGUGGGUGGUUUGCAUUAUGAUCUCACUGAAGGUGAUGUUAUUUGUGUUUUCUCUCAAUAUGGUGAAAUUGUUAAUAUAAAUUUAGUUCGAGAUAAAAAGACAGGUGUAUCCAAGGGAUUUGCAUUUGUGUGUUAUGAAGAUCAAAGAAGCACUGUCUUAGCAACUGAUAAUUUAAAUGGAAUUAAAUUAGGUGGUCGUAUAAUCCGAGUGGACCAUGUUGAAAAAUAUCGAGUACCAAAAGAUGGAGUUCUCGAUGUUGGGCAUACAGAUAAAAAGCCAGAAUACAAACGACCUACUGAUUCGGUUUCGGAAUUUGUUAAAGAGCAUGGAUGUGGUCCCGAAGUAAUGAAGCAGCUUAAAAAGAUACAACAUCAACAAGAAGAAGAAGAAAAGCGACGUCUCGAAGCUAUUCAAAGGCGGAAUGAUCAGGAGCACCGCCGUCAUAAUCUAGAACCGAGACCUAGAGGAAAUGAAAGGUCCAGGUAUAGAGAGAAUCGAGAGCCAAGGCACAGGGAAGAUAGAGAGCCUCAUGCGAAGACAAAGAGAGAACCAAUCAGCCACAGGAACUCUCCGAGACAUCUACGCAAUCCAAGUCCCUCUCCACCACGUAAAGUCUCCAUUAAGGCAGAGCCGCCCAGCCCGCCAAGAAUGGUCCGCUGAGUUGAGUGAAAAUCGUCACUGCACAUUUCUCUGUACAUAAAUUUUGUUAUAAUUAUGGUAUCGGCUUGCAACACCUUGAAAAUUGGUUACGUUAAAAAUAUUAGUGUAUAGUAUGACUGAUGUACAUGCAAUUAUUGUAAAUAUCUAUCUCUGUAGUAUUUACUUUGUGUAAAUUUUUUAAUUAAUUUACCAUGAAACAUUCUAGAUUCGAUUUUUUUUCUAGUUGUCCAGAGCGCAACCAAAAAUUCUGUUCAGGUCCUUAUAAAUAAAUCACCUAUUGAGUUAUAA